AUGAAUUAUUUUUUAGAAUCGCUUUAUAAACUAUAUGGUUUGGAACUUUUUGAAGAUGUAAUUACACUACUGGAACUCAUGUCAAAUGAACUGUCACCAAUGAAGGAUGCACACGCCGCAAACAUUGCUUCUAUCGCUGCUGAUUCAUACUUUCAGUGUGAUAAAUUUGUGAAGAGUCAAGAGUCGUAUUAUCGAGCAAUAACAAUCACAAAGUCAAUAACCGAUUCAACUGAAGAGUUAAAAUUUUCUGAAGUCGAAUUGAAAUAUCGUUUAUAUCGGUGUCUAAUAAAACUGAAUAAAAAGGAAGAAGCAGUUGGCGUUUUAGGAAGUAUUCCCGAAGAUCUAAUGACACCAAAGGUAAAAUCCGCUUUGGCUCGAUUACAUGCAGUCGUUGAUGUUCGCGAUGCGAAAUCAGGCAUGAAUGAAACAGUUGCCAAUUCUUUGUUAUAUCAUAGAAAGGUUAUAGAAGAUUGUCCAGAGGCAAUAGAUUCACUUACCCAUGUUAUACAUGGCGGGAUAUCAUCACCAGUUACGGUUCACUGGUCUGCAACCAUACAAGCAUGGCUAAAUGCGCAUGCAGCGAUUGCAGAAAAAAAUUUCUCUAAAGCCAUCACGAUUUUAUCAACAGUGGCUACAAAUAAUUCGAGAAUAAAUCUUUUGUUGGGUAAUUUGCAUUAUACUCAAGGUGGACGCCAAAAAGCCAUGGUUUAUUUGCAAAAAGCUCAUCAUUUAGAUCCGGGAUCUUCGAAUUCAAUGGAUAUAUUAGCUUAUAUCUAUGCUCAGGAUCAGAAAAUCAAAGAACUUGAGAAUUUAUCAGUUAAUCUAAUGGAGACUCAAGAAAGUGUUGAAGCAUAUAUUGCUUACGCAUUACUCGCUAAAUCCCAGAAAGAUUUCGACAAAGCAAUUUUUUUUGCACAAAAAGCCUCUAAAAUCUCUAACGUAAUGCAACCAAUGGCGAUGUUACUCAAAGCGAUCAUUCUGAUGGAGCGUAAAAGAUUCGAUGAAGCAAUCCAAAUCCUUCGUGAUACAAUUGUUUGCAAUGUCAAUAAUUUUGAUCUUUAUCAUACACUUGUACAAGCUUAUCUUAUGCAAAAUAAAUUACAUGAGGCUCGCUUGGUAGCUUGUAACUGUCGCAUCCAAUUGGGCCAUGACAAUGCUCGAGCACUUUAUCUUUGCGCAAUCGUUGCCUCUAGAGAAGGGAACAGCUUGAAAGAUGCUCAAAAAUUGCUGGAGAAGGCCAUAUCAUUAUCAAAUCAUUUAUUGGAUGCAGUUUUCCUACUUGUUGAUCUUUAUGAUCGAACUCAGAAUUACGAGAAGGCCAUUACUUUGUUAAAAAAACAAACUGAGACCACAGUCAAUAGUCGGCUUCAUCGUCUACUUGGUGAUUUUUUGUCAAAAACAAAUCGACCAGUUGAUGCUUGCUACCAAUAUAGAUUGGCAGUGGAUGGGGACCCAAAUGCAGCGAAAGCUAUGAACGCUUUAGAAGCCAUCCCAGGAAUAAGCACACCUGAAGGCCUUGCAUCAGUUAUUUGUCCUGCAGCUCCAAGGCGAAGAGGAGUCGCGCAUUUCGUAGAUCCUUCUACGCCAAACAGCGACAGGAAUUUAUAA